CUCGCUCCCGGCCAGCCGCCUUUCCUCGGAGGGGGCGAGACGCGCGCAGAGCCCGCAGGCCCCCCCGGCCGCAAGCGAUGGGCGACAUCCCCGGCCUCGUGAAAAUCAGCGUCUCCCUCAAGAUCCAGCCCAACGACGGGGCCGUGUAUUUCAAGGUGGACGGGCAGCGCUUCGGCCAGAACCGCACCAUCAAGCUGCUGACCGGGGCCAAAUACAAGAUCGAGGUGUCGCUCCGACCCGGCACCGUCCAGGCCACGACCAUGGGCAUUGGCGGUGUCAAUGUCCCACUGGAAGAAAAAUCACGGGAUGCACAGGUGGCCUCUUACACAGGGAUCUACGACACGGAAGGGGUGCCCCAUACCAAAAGUGGGGAGAGACAGCCCAUCCAAGUCAACAUGCAGUUUAAUGACAUUGGCGUUUUUGAGACAGUCUGGCAAGUCAAAUUCUACAACUACCACAAACGGGAUCAUUGCCAAUGGGGAAACAGCUUUGGCAGUAUUGAGUACGAAUGCAAACCAAAUGAAACACGCAGUCUCAUGUGGAUCAAUAAAGAGACCUUCCACUGAAGAGAUGGGAAACCAAUACUGCUGGACAAUCUCCCUAAAGAGAAAUCUACCUUUUAAACCAGCAAGAAGCCUUAACCAAGGCAUACUGUAACACUCCUUUGUCCAUAAGAUUCCAACAACUACAUUGUAUAUACAGGUGGUGCCACUAAAAUAUUUGCCUAUUACUGUAUUUUAAGUUUACCACGGCAUCUGCAACGUUCUUUAUCUGUCACCCUGAGAAUACUGAAAGGUUCAUGGUAAAGGAUAUCUGAUAGCUGGGUAGAAAGUCAUAUCAUAAUACUGUUGUAAGUAUUUGGAUUAUUCUGACUAGAUGUAACAACUUUUGUGAAGUGUUUUGCUUCAUUGCUUAGAAUUUGGAUUAACAUCACAUUGGUGAUUUCUGUAUUUACAUUUGUGUUUGCUUCAAAAUUGGUGUGUUCCUUCAUGCAUUUUGUUGUACUGUCCUCCCAGUGGACACCAAAAAUUAAAAAUAUGGUUAUUUGUAUGUUUAGCUAAAUGGCAGCUAAUGCACUGUUGGUAUUGUGCUCUCAUACCAAGUGAUUUGGGAACUCAUUCUCCCUUUUGUUAAGUGCUGUAAAAUAUUCUGUGAAGUUUGCUAAUUUACCAAAUCUCUCAAAGAGGAUUCUUUUUCAAGUUUCCCAGUCUUUGAAAUAUCAUUAGGAAAUGGUAUAAAACCUGAUGAAGGAAGAGCAAUAAACCAGUUGUGUUAUCCAAGACAUCUAACAACAUGGCUAAGACCUAUCUUAAGAUCAUACAGUAUCCUUGAGAGAUACAGCAGCUAUACUUAAUUUAAUUCUUAGAGUAACAGUUCUGAUAUUAAACUCCAUUUUUAUUUUAAUAGCAUAUUGCUGGAAUCAUUUAAAUCUUACAAAUCAACAUUUUCAAGCCUGACCACUGUAUUAAUUGACAAGAUUUCUGACCAACAAACACUCAGUAGUGUGAAGGAUACAGAUCCCAGUGCAUGUUUAUACAUGCACUGCACUCUUUCAAAUAAAGAUAAGCAUGUAAGCAUUUGCAUAGUUAUAACUAAAGGUGCUUCAUAAACACUAGAUCAGUGUUUAACACAAAGAGACAACACAAAACAGACAUAUCUGUUAUUUCAGUAAAGACAGGGAAGCAAGGAAACAACUGCACUUGUCCUGUCCCCAGCUUGGGUUGAAGUAAGCUGCCAGUUCCUGCAUAUCUGUUAUUCCCUGUGUGAAUAAUUUGUAAAUUGUGUAUGUAAAUGGUAAACAUGACUUUUGAUCUUUGUAAUAAAGGAACUAAACAAUU